AUGCUGGAAUUUCUCAUGCCGAUAAUUGAAUCUAUAUCACUAGAAUGGGAACUGCUUGGGGUGUUGAGCCCCAACAAAAGCCCCCAAAUAAAGCCCGUGAAGAUGGAUGAACCUGCGAGAUUGCAAGACGAGAUGAACGUUACUCCUUUGACCUUGUGCGACAUCGAGGCGAUAACGACGAUAGCCUUGACGAGAGAAGACGAGCUUAGUUACCGAGUCGAGCUCACCAUCAAAGAUCCCGACAAAGAGCCUUUGGUGCUGAGUUUGGAGGAGAAGGACGCCGAGGAGUUGGUGUUGCUCCUUCAGGGUUUCCAUCGGCUCAUCACCAGUCGGUCCCUGCCUCUUCACAGGGAGCGGGAUCGCUGGUCCGAGUACCAAGCACCAGCGUACCAUACGAAGCACCGUGUGAUCCCAGCCUCGUGGAGCUAUCCUGUGAAGCCUAUCGGGCGCCUGGAAGGAGUGAAUCAUCAAGGGAGCAUCGGAAGCGGAUCGGAAGACGGCGGUUCCUCUGUGUCUUCCGACGAGGACCAGUCGCUCCCGAUCCCGAUUCAUCACCUGUAUCCGCCAAGGGAAGCGGACCUCUCGUUGGCGCCUCCCUAUAGCGGUCCUCCAGAGGGAUUUAAGAUUCCGAACGGAACGCUCCCCCGUUCCGGAAUGGAGGUUGGUGAGAACAAUCUGCAGCACAUCGACGAAAACCUCAAUAAAAUCUCGCCGCUGUCGAAUGGGGUAGGGAGCAGAAGUGCUCAACUUGCGGACGUUGCUAACCAAAACGUGUCCAAGUCCUCGGGAAGUCUCCUUAGGUUCAGCGAACUGAAGAAAGCUUUACUGGAGCUGGGUUCCAAUUCCAACAAGCUUGGAUUUGAUGUUCAUAGUGUGGUGUCCAUGGAGAUUUUGGAGGAUAAUCACCUGACAGAGGCCAAGAACGAUGAGGUGUUGAAUCGAGUGGAGGAAAUGAAGAAACUGGUGGAAACGGCAGAGCAAUAUCUGACGGAAGGGGAGGAAGGAACAGACGUAGAGAGAGACAGUCUGCCAUCUGACUCCAGCUCCAACUAUGGGAGACUGAAGCAUUCCGAUUCUCUCCUUCUCCUCGCUCAGGGAAAGGGAGUAGACGGAAAGAAGGUUGAAGUGAAUGGAGGACCAAAGACCACCAACGGUCUGGAGAAUAAUGAGCCGUCUGAGAGUGAUACGGACUCAUUUGGAACUCCCACCAACAGCCCUCUCCAUAGACCCAAAGUGCAGAAACCUAGUGCGCUGAAGCAGAGUGGAUCGAGCUUUGGGCUCCACAGUCCUGAUAACUUUCCUCAUGGCCUGGACUCGGGAAAUUCCUCAACAGUCCAGGACAUGCUAAAGAAGUUAUCUACAGAGAAAUCCCUACCAUACAAUUUUGCUGAAGGGACACUGGUAUUGGAUCCUGAUAUCAUCGAUCUCACCAUGAUACCUCCGCCAAUUACACCUGACGAUGACGGAGCGAAGUCUUUCCCAACUGGACCAAGUUUCCCUCCGACGCCAUUUGCUGAUCGUCAAAGCCUCGAAGUGGAGCUGCAGGCUUUGACCAAAGAUCUCGGGGAUCUGAAGGAUCUUGGAGUUUGGUCAAAUCUUAGUUCUAUCAGUAGAAAUGGAGGUGAAUCUACCGAUUGGGAAGACGAAGAGGAAGAUGUGACGUCUCUGAGCAGCCUGAACACGUCUCUCAUGUCGACGGCAUCCCUGACGUCUCGUUCUACAGCAGCAGGGAUCCCGGCUGCAAGCCUGGCUGCCCUGGCCCAUCUUGCAGUCACCCCCAACGGAGACCUGGAGAGAUUCAUCGCCAGUGCCACGAUCCCUCCCCCUCCGGAUAUGAUGACACCCUUCGAAAGUGCUGAUCAUUCGCCUGUGAUAGAACUGACCCAAGACGACAUCAACGCCUUCAUCAUCCCGCCUCCGCCGACAUCGUCGGAUGCAGAGCCCCGAAGCUCGACACCGGAACGGGAUCGCGGGAUGGCAGAGCUGAAAGUGGGUGCCAACAGCCGGAUCAUCAACAGUGAAGGCGGGACGGUGAAGCUGAGAGUGACCGGACCGACUCGGCCGUCCAAACUACUCCUCGCCGACUCCAAACCGCCAGGUCACGUCUCCAGGCUCAAGAUGCCGACCGGGAUGGGGACAGGGACGGCAGAAAUGCAGCUCACCUCCAUCGCUCAACGAAAAGAGCAACUUCGCGCUGCUGCGCAGUCUGGGAGUCAACCUACGGGCAGCCCACCCGAUUAUCCCCCUCCUCCACCGCCAAAGACUGGGAAUUCCAAUCCUGCAGUUUCUCGCUGCUACUCUGACCCGGUGGAAUCGGGGAGCUCUGCUCCGAGGCGACCGUCUCUUCCGAGCCCUUCUUCUCCUCAUUCUCGACCCGGGACGAAGCAUUCCUCCAGCAACGAUUCACUGGCAUCAAAUUCAAGUGUCGCGACAGUGAAGUACGUGGGUGACUCUCCCGAUAUUCCCCCUCUGCCCCCGAGAAGUCCCACCAAGGGCCCCAUGGGGAAACCUCCCAUUCCCCCAGUACUAACCUCUCCUGAGCAGAAGUCUGCAUCAGCCGCAGUUCAUUCAUCUGCGGCAAAAAAGACGGACGGGCCAGGCAGUCCGAAGCCGGCCUUGCCGUCGAGGCUGCGAAAGCCCCCUCUUUCCCCCGUGAAAAAUGCAGCUCCCCCUUCCAGACUGCCUUCUCCACCUGGACCAGUGAAGCCCCCACCCCCAACCCCAGUGGAGAAUGGAAGUUCCUCCCCGAAGCCAGCCCUGCCUGCCAAAGGCGGAAGUUCUCCGACGCGGAAGAUUCCCGUCCCGUCGUCUGUCGGAAAGGCGCCCAUGCCUGCUCCUAAACCCAGUUCGGCAACAUCCCCUAAGAAUUCUUCGAAACUACCAAAGCUGAAGCCGGAUUCCCCCGAUACUCCCAUCCCCACGCAGAGCCCAUUGCAUAACGCACGUCUCAACGCGUCUCGUACCCUCCUGACGCCUCCGCUCAAGACCAGCAGCCCAAAAAGCCCCACGAAGAGCAACGGACUCUCGAACGGCCGCAUCGGCACCACCACGAACACUAACGGAUUCAGUGAAUCCACCAGCUUCGAACAGGACUCCCUGGAGUCGAGUUUCGAUUCGGAGGACCUCGGUGGCGAAAAGGACAGGGAAGCCCUAUUCAGGAAAGCGGAAUUGCGUGUGGAUGAUCUGGUGAGGAGGUUAGAGGAAUUCACCAAGAACUUCGGAGCCGGGAGCCUGAAGCCGAACGAAACCCUUCACCUGAAGCACAAGGACACGCUGACGAACGAGGCUCGUCACUUCGUGACGGCCUCCAAGCUGUUCGUGAAGAGUGCGACGGAGAGCGAGGAUCGACUGCUGGACUGCCUGAACCAGUGCAUGAAGAUGCUGGGGAAGAUGGUGGACGUGACCCAGCUGGUGGCCAUCCACUCUCCCGCCGUGCCGGGGAACAUGGAACUCCUGACGAAGGUGGCCGACGUCGGCCGGACGUACCUCCGCACCAUCCAGGCAGCCGGGAAUGCCGUCGGGAAGAACAUGAACGACCCCUCCAUGAACGUCCUCAUGAAGGAGGCCACUGCCUUGGCCAGCGUCCUCACUGCUCUCAUGAGGACACUCCGUGUGAUCCCUGCUUGAACUGGAAAAAAAAAAAAAACGAGCGGAGAAUAAUUCGAAGGUUCUGCACUCGAAGGACACGAAAGCCAGUACAAGGAAGAAUGCCCAGUGAGAUUCUUAGUCUAUCUCUGCCAUAUUUUUGCAAUAGGCAGCUGAUUUAUCCAGGGAAAGCAUAAUACGUAUAGUUCUAUCCUCAACGAAGCGGCACUGUGAAAGUGUUUUUUUCUACGUAUGUUGUGGUUUUGAUAACGACCCCAGUAUUUAUUUGAAACGUGUAGAUGUGAAGGAAAAGGUGCUACUGUUUUCCAGUAGAUGGAAAAAAAAAUUUAGGAGUUGAGGAAAAGAAGAGUUUCCGUUGACCUGUUUUCGCGUGACCGGAAUUGAAUUUUUCAUCGCUAUCAGAAUUCGUUCACCCUGUGCUUCAACAUUCAAAUCGAUUGAACUGGUUGUGUGUUUUGCAAAAUAAAGAGACGUUUCUCAUUC